AUGUCUCUGAACAAAUCUCCCUAUCCUUUGUCCUCUUCCUCAUCCAGGCAGUCCCUUCAGAAAGAAGCCUCCAGGCCAGACACCGCCUUAUCACGGCCAGGUGACAAACACCCCAGAGGGCAGCUGCCAGAACUACGAUCUGGAAACGAAACUAAUCAACUGCCAGUGUCAGUCGCAUCCCCAUGUGAGGAUGCAGCUCUAAAUGGGACCCAAGAGCACUAUGGAGAAAACCCAGACCAACCCUCAUCCCAACCCGCUUUUCAGCCCUUCUUCACCCUGAUCGAAGAUGCCCAUACAUCCGAUUAUCACCACCCGACGGUCCAUUACAUAUUUUCCGACGAUGACAGCGACAUCGUGACCGAGGCUGCUCUGCGAAGCCUAUCAGCGCAGCAAGAAGCGCUCUCCGAUUCUCAAAAGGAACACAUCGCGCACAACAAUGCAUCCCCUCACGAUGAGGCCAAAGAUCCCUCAGAAUCCGCCCCAAGCAAGACAACCCUGCUGCCACCACCGGUUCCAGGAAUGCGCGAAAACUUCAUCAUUCUAGACGUAGAGCCGUCUCCUGCCACAGAGGCACAAGACCCAGUUCUUGAACAACUCAUACCAGGGAAAAACGAUACCAAGUCCUUAUCCUCGUCACCAGCCAAUCAGCCCUCCCUGCCGCAGGAAAGCCAACGCCAGUACCGUGUAACUGGGGCGCAGAGUUUUUCAUCGACGUGGCAGGUGCUCAACACUGAAAUCGUGCCAGCACCGACAUUCGAGAACAGCAAACCAGGAGAAUCACCAGAACAUGGCUUGAUGCUGAAGAUUCGUGGUACUAGAGGUCUACCUGAACAGAAACUGAAGGGCGGAGAGGAUCGGGGAGGACAGAGGCUCGAGGACAUGAUGGAUCAAUUCGCGAAACGGAUGAGUGAGCUGCAGGUGGUGAUUGAUGCAGCGGGGGCUUCGAACUCCAACACGCACAUGCACGGAGAGUUAGAGCACCCGCUUUCCCCCGACGCAGCUGACGAAGGCGCGCAAGAUGUCACCGCCGGAAUGGAGCAGAUUUGA